CUCCAUCAGUAAUUCUCAUAAAUAAUCCAUCAAUCGAAGAAAAUAAAAUGUGUUUUCACUUUUUUUUCACUUUUUUUUUCACUUUUUUUCUCUCGGUCUCAGGUGCUGUGCAAUUUUAUGGCGCGCCAAAAUUUGUGUUAUUGUAUUUAUAUUGGGAGAAAAUUCGCAAUGAGUGAUUGGCAAAUUAGUAUUUAUGUUGAAAUUUACAGGAAAAUGAUAAGGAAUGAGGCAAAUAAUUUGAAAUAAUAUUAUUUAUGUAUUCUUCAUGGGUAGAUUAUCGUUUUUAUGGUACUCCACAGGUCUUUUCGGUAGCAGAAUGGCGAAUAUUUUCGUAUGAAUACGUAUUCCCUCUAGUGAAUAUUGACAAACCCCCGAGUAUUUCACUCGUGGUUGAAAGUGGCUCAAAUGAUAUUGCCUCCAAGAUUUAAAACAUGAUUUUCCCGCGUAUUUUGUGACGAAAAUCCAGAAGCAUAUGGCGACAUGAAAUUUAUUCCUCCGAGAAAUCUUGAAAACACAAAGAAGUGGAAGUACUAUUACUCCGAAUUGAAAUGAUAAAAAGUUAUUUGAAAGUAUAUUAUAUCAUAUAAUUAUUAUUACUCGACGCUGUAUCUUUUCUUCGAUUUCAUAUUGAAUAGAAAUGUUGUUGUUUAAGAUUUAUGGGUUUCGUUAAUGACGGAAAACCCACCAAAAGCAAAUGCGACGGAACCUUGGAAAGUGUUAAGACAUUAAAAAGAACAACACGCUUUACAAACUGUUUGGUAUUUUAUCUAUCUGUUUUUAUCGGAUCAUCAAGAUGUACAUAGCAGGUAUAAAAAUACGGAAUGCUCUAUGAGAGUUCCAGUAUUUUAACGAAUACACAGCGUGACGCACUGUUCGACAAGAUGAUUUUUCUAUUUCUAUCGAUUAUUUCUAUAUUUUCUAGUAUUUCGUUGUCAUCAUGUGAAGAAUAUCCAGAUUUAGGGCAUAAUCUACAGGGGAACCCUUGGAAAUGCAGUAGUACUUCCAUGAUAAUGCUCUGCAGCCGUCCAGAUUUAGCUAGCUUUUGUAAGGUCUCGGAUUAUUGUACUUUUGGGAAGCAACAAGAACACAUUGCGGGCAUCGUUCAUGAUUCAAAUGGUGAUAAUGAGGAUACUAAAGUCCUCUUGGACUCAUCUGGGGACUUUUCCAAAGUGGCAAUAAGUGGGGACGUGAAAAAGCCUCCAGGAUUCCUAAGUACCAAUGUGUUUGGGACCGUAACAUAUGACCCACCACUGAAGGACAAAAAAAAUAAUAGAGUUUUUGGUAGAGUAGCUUGGUACCCGUCUGCAAAUUCGGAUAAUGAAUUUCCAUAUGGCAAGAUGGUCUAUGACCCAAAUGAGUAACUCUCAGAUUCUCGAUGUAAAAAGGACGCAUGGAAAUACAAUACAAGAAAAAUUAUUGUACCACC